AUAUUCUGAGAAAUUGACCCUGCUGUUUGGGAAAAUAAGCUUUAUGGUCAUCCCUUCAACUAUUGGUUUCCGCCUUCCUCCUCUAAUUAGUUGUGUCUGUAUAUCAUUGACGUCCGCUCGAUCCACUUCGGCACAUCUGCUGUCAACCUUCUUCGACGCUAUCUAGGCCCCCCGUCGUUCUUACAUUGUUGUGGUUGUUAUUGUUGCCAUCCGAUUCUCUCUUUGCGUUGACGUAUCCGGAUUCUCCAUCUUUCCCAUACAACCAGCCGGAACAGAAUAGAAGAAGACGAAGCACGUCACACACCGCCGUAGUUGUCUGCGACCCCUUUCCCCGGCGCAUCCGCGCUCUUCUGCCUUCUUUGUUUUCCGUCCUUCUUCUCACUCACUUUUCGGGGCUAUGGCGCCCGGUGGGCAUCACGACGAUGACGCCCCCACCCCAGCAUCGGCAUCCAGUGCUCCGCCAGCCAAGGUUCCCUCGGAAAAGGAGCUAGCCCGCAAGAUCCGGAAGCGCGAGCUCGACCGCCGCGCCCAGAGACAGGCCCGCGAGCGCACGCGCAACCGCAUCGCCGAGCUCGAGGCUCUCGUCAAGGAGCUCAGGAAAGAUGACUCAACGAGGCUGUCGGCGUGCAUGGAGCAGCUGGCCGCCGUCACCUGCGAGCGAGACCGCCUGCUCGACGCCUUCAAGUCCAUCGAUCAGACGAUCCGUAACCAUGUGCUGCCGCCGAGCCGUCCGUCGCCCCUGGGAACGGGAACCCGAACAACAACAGCAGCAGCAGCAGCAGCAGCAGCAGCAGCGAAGCUACCAUCCCCCGCGCCACACCCAAGAUCCCUGCCGGACCCUCGGGAUGUGAUUCGGGACCCGAUGCAGACAGGGCUCCCGGCGCACUCGUACGCGGCGCCCAUUGGUCUGCUGCCUCAGACCCCCUCCUCCUCCUCUGUCUUCGAAGCCCACGCGUACCACGGCAGCGGUCAGGGGCUCGUCGGCAGUGUGCCGAACGGGCUUUCGGCGACCAGCCUACACGCGUCGAGCGUCGACGCGCCCAGCUCUACGUCGGACAGCCAAGACUUUGUCGACAACAACGACGACGACAACAACAUCGACAACGAUGACGGCGACAAUGACGGGGAUGAAGCCCACGACGACCCCAGGGUCAUCGUGCCGCCGCCCGCUACGCCCUGCGACUGCGGAACGGUUCGGACGCCGGCCGGGUCGUCUCCGCCCAAGGUCAACGUCUGGCGGGCCGUCAACCAGGUCUUGUCCAAGCGGUGCCGCAUAUCGAGGAGGGCGCACGCGGCCGAGGACGUCGACGACGAGGACAUACCCGUGCGGGCGAUCCUCGAGGGGUGGGAGGCGGCGGCCGAGUCGAGGCCGCUGUCCAGGCUGUGGAAGAAGCUGCGCAGGGUCGACGAGCUGUGUUUCCAGGUCUGUCCCCCGACGGAACGGCUGGCCAUCCUCCGGAUGAUGCAUCUUCUGCUGCAGUAUCACUCCGAUCCCACGCCGGACCGCCACGCCAAGUUGCCGACGUGGUUUCUGAAAAGGCCAUCGCAAGCAAUACCUCACUCCUAUGCAAUCGACUUCUUCGUUUGGCCCGGCGUCCGAGAGCGUUUUGUCUUUGGUCAGCACCACUACUGCAACAACCAGUUCUGGGACCUCUUCAGCCCGAACCUGCACCUCCUCUGGCCCUUUGAGUUCCGCGACGCCUACAAGAAGAGCGUGGUCACGGGCCAGUACCAGAUAUCGCCCAUGUUCGAGCAGCGGAUCGCGGACAUCAACGCGUGGACCAUGGGCGGCGACUUCUUCGCCCGCUUCCCCGAGCUCGUCGCCGACAUCCCCUCCUUCCAGUCCGUCCUCCGGUCCAUGUCGCCGCCGCCGCCGCCGCCCCUCGCCUCGCCGGUGCCGCAGCAGGCCUCCCUGUCCCGGCUCAAGGAACGCGGCGAGCGGCUGUUGCUCCUCGAGCAGCAGGCCGCCGCCGAGGAGGACCAGUCGACGCAGGAAGGCAUGGAUUGCACGCACGCCAUGCAAGCGUUUCCCCCUGGCCUCUAUAGCAUGGCGCCCCCGGGGUUCAUGGACGAGUUUAUCCCUCAAAGCUUCGAUGCGACCGGGGACGGUUCGUACGAGCCGAUGUCCGGGUACUUCUAAGUCGCGGCACCGCCGACCGGC